CCGAUUCGCCGCUCCCACCAACACUGCCCCGAUUCACUGCCCUGAUUCACUGCUCCCACCAACACUGCCCUGACUAAGCCCGUGUCGCGAGCGGAGCCAUCGCUAGCUGCCGUGGACGUAUUGCGUGUGACAAGUGUGCAUGGACGUCCGACGUUGUGGACCGCCGCCAGCCUCGCCGGCCAACCUCACUGACCGGCCAACUUCACUGCACCCCCUCGCACCGCCCUCCCGCGCCGCACACGCAACCCGUCCCUCCGCCGCCGCGACCGCGCUGCCGUGCCCGUCCUCUUGUCGUCCGGCUGCCCUGGCGGUGCCCGCUCGCCGCGAACCGUCUUCAAUUGCACCGCGCGCUCUCCCCCUCCGCUUCGCCGGCUGCCGCCCCCGGCGCGCCCUGCCGACUGCGAACGCAUGGUGACAGCCUCGCAGCCCGCUCCAGCCGACAUUGUACAUAGCACCCACCUGCGCCACGCCACGGCUCGCCGUCCACACGCCCCGCGUCCGCGUCCGCGUCCGCGUUCGC